AUAUUCCCGUCGAGGAAAAGAAAAGAAGAAGGGAUGAGAAGAAAUCGACGAACUAUCAAACGCCUAUUAAUUAUUAUCGUGAUAUAUAUUCGAUGGAAGUUGCGUGUGAGACGAUACACGUUGAUCAAUCACCAUGCAAACGGAUAACCAGUUGGACAUAUCGAUAAGCUUGUCGACAUUUUUCUUGAAGAACGUGGGCGUAUGGAUGUCUGAUAAUUCUGAUGAACAACGCAGGAUGAAAAUGUUAUUCAUCUACACGAUUUGGAUGUUGUUUUGCGGCACGAUAAUCAGUACGAGAGAUUUGUAUUUCACGUUGCUGUACAACGGCGAUAUUCUUUACGCUAUGACGAAUACCAUAACUACGAUAAUGGCUUUAAUCAAAAUAUGCAUCAUACUGAUGUAUAAAGGGAAAUUUUUAAAUCUAAUCGUGUACAUGCAACAAAAUUUCUGGAACGUUAAUUACGAUUAUCGUGAAAAAGAAAUUUUGGACGAUUGCAGAAAAACUUGCAUUUUUUUCAUCUCCUCCGUCACCACCAUUGGCAUGUGCACCGUGAUGUCCUAUCUAACGACACCGGUCAUUACACAAAAUGGAAGUAAUGAAUCCGAGAGAAUGUUUCCGUUCAAUAUAUGGAUAAAUUUGCCGCUAACAAGGACGCCAUAUUACGAGAUAAUAUUUUUUGUCCAAGCAGUAUCGUUAUAUUAUAUUGGAAUCUCCUAUUUUUGUUUCGACAAUAUUUUCUGCAUCAUGGCCGUACACUUGGCCGGCCAAUUUCGCAUUCUUCGAUACAGGCUUAUGACAUUGUGUGACACGGAGCACGAUAUACGCGAAAAGGACUCGCAAUCGACAUUAGCAAAACAGAUGUACAAAUUUUACGAGCAAUUUAAGAAAUGCGUCCGAUAUCAUCAGGCAUUGAUCGAUUACCAUCAAAACCUUGAGAACGUGUACACUAUAAUUACGCUUGGACAAGUGUUGGUAUUCAGUGUAUUAAUUUGCCUAUUCGGAUAUCAAGUGUUCGUGGCUGCUGCUUCUACAGCGAGACGCUUCAUUUUCGUAUUCCUGUUAAGUGGCUCGAUGUUUUUAUUAUUCAUGUUUACCUACAGCUGCAACGAUGUGAUGGAACACAGUGAUAAUGUCGCUGUAGGAGCUUACUCAGCACUGUGGACAAUUUUGCCGAUGAAUAAAUUUGGAAAAAUGCUUCGAAACGAUUUGAUAAUGGUGAUUAAGCGAUCCAGACGAGUUUGUUGUCUGACUGCGAAUGGAUUUUUCCCUGUAUCGUUGGAAACUUAUACCAAGAUUUUGAGCACAGCGGUAUCGUAUUUCACAUUGCUGAAUAAUCGCGUGGAAAACGCGAAUGACUCAUAAAUUA